UACAGAUGAGCAGCUAUCAGUCUCACAAGGCAGGUGUCGUUGUUUUAUGACAAGCUCGAAUCGACUGUGUAUAGGGCUAACCCACUAUCAAUGGGUAAGCGCAGUAUUUCUAGUCCGUUAGGUUUGAUCUGUCAUGAAAAUUAACAGUAAAGAGCAGUGGAGGUUAUAUGCUUGUGAAAAUAAGAUGCCCCCGCUGAGUGAGUGAUGACAAGCCGUGGGGAGGCUGCUGACAUUGACGAUACAGCAGAGACUGACUAAAAUGGGAGCGCGGCGAAGAAAUGACAAUCCAACCGUAUCAAUGGGGGAACCAGCGAUCUGGUGCUGAGGAGAACGGAGCAUCAUCACCGACCAAAACACCAGACUUCAGCAUCUCAACAGAAUCCGCCACAUAACAAAGAUGGCCAUUUCAAGAUGGAAAUUCGACUGACAGAUAAGAAGGACCUGUGAGACGUCGGGUGGAAACUGGGGACCCUGUCGGAGCUACAGCCACACAUGCUGUCUCCCUCACCCCACCAGCCUCAGCAUGCCCACUUCCGAGGCGCCCAGUGUGGGCAGUAACUCCAGCACCGUGCCCUGGGACCCUGGUUCCUCUGGUCCUCCUGGCCCCACAGAUUGGCCGUCGGUGGCCAACAGCGUAGUGAAGAUGGUGCUGAUCUCAGCCAUCGUGUGUGUGUCUCUGUUUGGUAACGUGGUGGUGUUGUUGGUGUUCCAGAGGAAGCCUCAGCUUCUCCACGUGGCCAACCGCUUCGUGCUCAACCUCCUCCUGGCAGACCUGCUCCAGACCGUGCUGGUCAUGCCCUUCGCCAUCGCUGCCACUAUGCCCGGCGUGUGGCCCCUGGACGCCCGCCUCUGCCAGGCCCUGGUGGUGCUCAUGCACCUGUUUGCCUUUGCCGGAGUCAACACCAUCAUCGUGGUGUCAGUGGACCGUUACCUGGCUAUCAUCCACCCACUGUCCUACCCCACCCGUAUGACCCCUCAUCUGGGCACCAACCUCAUCGCAUGCACCUGGGUGCUCAGCCUGCUCCAGAGCACGCCACCCCUCUACGGCUGGGGGGCCAUAGACUUUGACCGCAGGCAUAACGUGUGUUCUGUGGUGUGGUCCUCUAGCCUGUCCUACUCAGCCCUGGUUGCCACGUUCUCCUUCUGGCUGCCUGUGCUCAUCAUGCUGGGCUGUUACUGGAUGGUGUUCAGGGCAGCAAGGAGGCAGAACGCCCUGGUGCACCCCAUCCAGACCCACUCUAAGUCCCAGCCUAACCAGCCUCCGGACCCCCAGGCCCCCUGCAUAGGCAGCCCUCAGCGCCUGCCCCAACAGCCACCCCCACCCUUGGACUCCUUCUCGGCCGGGGGGUACCCCAUCCGGGGCAGGCACAGACGUUUCCACUACCACUGCAAGGCAGCCCGGGUGGUGUUUGUCAUCAUGGCAUCGUACAUCCUGAGCAUGGGACCUUACAGUGUUCUCAACACAAUGUCCAUUCGCUCCAGUGCUGCUGUGCCUCCAUGGCUGGCCUCCCUAGCCCUAGUGCUCUUCUUCUUGCAGUGCUGCCUCCACCCCUACAUCUACGGCUACAUGCACCGCAGUGUGAGGAAGGAGUUCCUGGCCCUACUGUGUGGUCCACUCUGCAGGCAGGGCCUUCUCUGCCACACCUCUGCACAGGACAGCUGCUUCACCGUGACCGACGGACGAUCCACGCAGCCCCAUCUGCCCAGCCUGGCUGCCCGCGUCUGCCCCCUCCGCACCUGGGAGGAGGGCACCACCACGGAGGCUACCUCCUCCACCAUGGAUAGGAGGUCCAGGGACAGCCGUAAAGACAUCACCUCCACCAGCCUGAGCUCUGAGAGAGAGCUCACCGUCCACACCACCACGUAGUAGACAAGUCUACAGCAAAACAGCCUGGGAGAUGGGUUGAACUGUUUUUCGUGUGGCAGUUUUCCCCUCCAGUGAAGACAUGGUUAUUCAGCAUGGCUAAACUUGAGCAGAUUUGCCUUCUGGUCUACAGGGUUUUCCAUUCUGACAAUAGCUAUGUUUCCACGAACUUGUCCAGUACUUUUUUUUGUUGACGUUUAGAAAGUUUGCAUAGAUGAUAGAUUCGACAAUUACCUGCUACAGUGAGUUUCCAUUUAAAACAAACUUAUGUCGAUAAAAACAGCUGUACGUAAUGACGUCACAACUAAUUAAACACGUUUUCGGAAAAACCUAUAGUGUCGAAUAAAAAUUAAGUGGUUGAAGUGUUUCCAUGACCCGUUUAGGCAAAUUGCACAUGAAUAAAUUGUCGACAGCCUAGAAUAAUUGGGUGGUGAAACUUGCAUCCAGCCAACCAGAAAAUCUAUGUGAAGCAAUUCAGCCAUUCUUGAAAGUCAGGACAAGGAUCCUGCAAAGAAACAUAUUUUUUUUAUAGUUAAAACAUUGAUUUAGCAGGCUGUAGGCAUUUAGAAUUCAAAUGUGGAGUGGCGCUUCAUAGUACGUGUUGAAAUCACGUGCCCCGCGUACCUUCAAAAGUAUUUGGCAAUACAUUUUUCAGAAAAACACAGAUUCUAUCAUCAUUUGUUGCAAUAAAGAAAGUUUGACAAAAGAAAACUCCACCCCUGUUGAAUGGAUAAAAAUGUUGUCGACCUGAAGAAAAUGUCUCCUAUAUCUGCCGUUUCCAUUACACAUCACAACGAGACCUGUCCUGCAGUGUUUUCCGUGAAAAGCCAUUGUUAGUUCUCCUAUUGUUCAGUUAUGGUUGAUGCGUAAUUUUGAGUGUUUUCUACCCUCAGAGAAAAAUCUCUGUCAAACAUCCACGAAACAGAUCAGUAGUAUCAUAUCAAAUUUAAAGAACAUGCCGCAAAUGUAUUUGACUGUUCUAACCGUUGUUACAGAACACAAACUCCUCAUGGUGACAGCUUAUUAUGUUUGUCUCCCGUGAGGAGUAUUACUACUCACCCUGCCUGUAGUGCAAUAAUGUUGUAACUGUACUGUAUAAUAUAACACAUGAUGUCAAGGAAGAGAUGGCUGAGAGGGACCAAAAUGACCGGUGAUUCAUGUAAUUCAUGAAUCUGAUUCACUAGUUUAGCACCAGAAUUAUCACAACUAGCUACCUAUCAUAUGCACAGUUGUCCUUCUGCAUUUCCAGAAUCUCAUCUACUAUCCCCAUUUAUCUCUGUGCCCCAUUACUCAGUAAG